UAAGUGUUUGGAGGAAAAAAAGCAGGAUUUGCACUUUGGGCCCGAGCAGCAGGGCUUCACCUGGCGAUGCUGCAGGACUUCCACACAUCACUGGACUGCAGGGGAAAAGUUGUGUUUCUAAAGAAGUUUGGGAAAGUUUUGCCCCCCUCCUUCCCAAAACAACAACAACAAAAAAAACUUCCUUCUUUCACGGAUGCGGUUUCUGGAAUCGACAACAUGGGGGGAAAGUGGUCUCAACUCUUAGAAAAGCAGGUUGCUUUGGAUGUGUAGAGGGAGAAAUGAGCGAGCUGUAACAAAGAAAGACAUGGACAAUGGCAGAAAGAGAGAGAAAGAAGAGCGAGGCUGUGUAUCGCAGCGUCUCUUUCAGGGAGUGGGGGUCCCGGGGCGCUGAAGGCGGCGGCGAAGACCCGCAGGAGUCGGCCGGCGGCGCCCUUCCCCCGGAGCCCAGCGGAGCGACGCGUAAUGUCAGCGUGUCAAGAAAAGUUUCCAAAAUCUCCGCCACCGCCAGCCUCCCGACCGCAGAGCCAAGGAGAGGCUCCUCCGCCCCGCACGCCUCCAUUGCUCCAUCCAUCCGCCAGCUCACGGAGCGCUUCAGCAGCUCCGCCGGAGACGCCGCGGCGCUGAGGCGGGGCAGCGCCACUCUUCCCCGGGUUCGAGGCUCCGGGACGGACCGCUCCCCGUCCCGCAACUCUUUUCACGGAGAGAGCGGCGGCGCGGGGGAAUGCUUCACCUCGGACAGCAGAGUGCUGAAGUUUCUGUCUGGCACAGACUCCGUGUCGGGCUCGGACUCAGAGAAGAGAGGCAGCAAGGAGAGGAUUUUUACGCGUUUGUCCACCGACGGCAGCAACGUUGGUAAGAGAGAUUAUUCACAGAUAGACGCGCGUCCCUCUGAUCCGAAAAAGACUUUGGCUGCUGAUGAAGAGGAGGAUGUUAGUGGCAAAGAGGUUCCUCCACCCUGCAAGUCUCACAGGAGCUUUCUCUCCACGCACCACUCAGACAAGUGGCCCAGCGUCACCAAAAUCAGACAGAUUUUUGAUGAGAGAGAGAGUCAACACAGAACAGACGCCUCUGAGAGUUUAAAAGCAGCUGGCAGAACUCUUUCACAGGAGCUCAGCUCAAGCGAGGCUGCUCCGCUCCCCCACAGAAGUGAUAAAGUGUCACCUCCUGAAGCCACCAGCCUCUGUUUGCAUGACAAAUGCAUAGCGGGGGCACAGAGCAGGGAAAGGCGGGCUGCUAAAGAGAGCUUUUGUUUUGGCAUGGACUUUAAUUCUAAAGCUGACGACCAGCGGUUCUCAAACGAUGAAGAGGCAGACGUAGAGACACCUGGUCACAGCAACAGGCAGUCUGGCAGCAGGACUUUUAAAAGCAGCAGCAGUAGCAGUCGCGGUCACACUGGGGGUAGUCACUACCAUCGGAUUAACUCAUCUCCAUACAGAUCUCGUAGUCCCAGCACUGAGGCAGAGGUGGCCCCUAAGACCCCGAGCACCGCAGGAUUGACAUCUGACCCUAACCCUGACCUUCAACCUCCUGCUACUUCGUCUUGGAGCGGACCGGUGGGUUCAGACACCUCCUCCUGCUCCUCCUCUCUUCGGCAGCCGACGGUGAGGGAGAGAAGGGAUAGACAGGGGGUCGGGCUGCCCAGGGAUAGUUUACAUUCCUCACAUAGCUCUUCUGGAGCACCAGCCCCCUCCUCCUCCUCCACCCACCCUCUUGCUCCAGCUCCAGAAAAAGCCAUUACCUCCUCCUCUACUGUAGCUCCCUCCGGUGAGCUUAGUGCCCCAGAAAAAGUUAUUUCUCCCCUAAGAUCUCGCUGGAGGUUUAGCACUGGGGACGAAGAAGCGGACCACACCAGGAGAAGAAGAGGAGGUGGCUGGAGUGUUCCCUCUGGCUCUUCUUGUUCGAUCUCCAGUAAAGUAGGAGAGCGGCUUGCCACAGAGCGAGGAGGCAGCUAUUUCUCCCGCAGUAAAAAUGGCUGGUGGGACGCUAAAGGCAUUGGCAGGUCCUCGGGCAGCGAGGAGGACAAUCCGAGCUCUUUAAGCCCCCACUGUCGUGAGGCAGUGCGCCGGCGCUCGCUGAGAAAGAAAAAGAAAGUCAGUUUGGCCAGUCUAGCGUCGGGUCGUGAUGAUUACCAAGAUCGUGAUGGCGAAUGUGAAGACAGUGACAGUGACACGGCCGUGACGAUGGAGCACUUAGAGAGGCACCACCCACCAAACACAGGAGGAGAGCCGGGUAGAACGGUAGCCCGGAGCCACUCGGCACGAGAACCCAGUGGCCAUAGAGCCAGAGUGCAGCACUGGGAACGCAUCUCCUCACCUGGGUCGUCCACGACACUUCCUGGUGUGUCGCGGGUUUCAAAGGUCAACAUUCCCCCGUUUGUCUCUUGUCCUGGAGAGUCCCGUGGCAGCAGUCGAUACUCCAGCACCGAGACGCUGAAAGAAGAGGACCAGGCUAGCAGCACUAGCCAUGGAGCUAAUGUCUUCUAUAACGUGGGUGGAGCAGAACGUAGCACGAGCAGAGGUGCUUCGUCAUCCAUGUUAAGUAAAACAUACCAUGGGAAUUUUACAAUGUAUCGCUCCCCAAGCUUUGGUCAUGGUGAUAACUUUUCUCGUACUCCCGUGCGAGUGCGCCCCAAGAUUGUACCAACAGUAACCCCCUUACCCAGUGUACUUACCAGAGAAGGUGGCAUAUCUUUAAAAGGGAGGGGUGAUCAAACUGUACUAUUGAGGAAAACAACAGGAGGCGAUGGGGUGAAUGAUAAGGAAAAAAGCUCCAUGUCCACGUCAAACCCUGAUAUCACCUCAGAAACUAUGACACUGUUAAGCUUCCUGAAGUCUGACCUGUCACAGCUCAAAAUGCGGAAAAGAAGUGGAGGGGAGAGAGCAGGGGAUGUGGAGGGAUCAUCGGUGUACAGGAUGGGGGCAGGGACUCACAGUGGGUCACUUGUGCCCUCUGGACGGCGGCCAUCGCUGAAGGACCUGACUGCCACUUUACGGCGGGCAAAAUCCUUCACGUAUUCAGACAAGCCGACAAAAAAUGCAAGGUGUUACUUGGCUGGUGGCGCCACCAAGAGAAGCUCCUCUGAGCAGCAGCUUGACUUGGAUUCAGAAAGCAGUGGAGGGAGGGUGCUGCUGUCAGAUAGGGAGGUGGAGAGCGAUGGGGGCGAUUUUAGGGUCAUGAGAGGACAGAGGAUGAGUGAUUAUGGAUUUGAUGAUGAUGAUGAUGAUGACGAAAUAAUGCCCACUCCGCUGCAGGACAUGUAUGUGCAGGAAGCCAGGCAGGUCAUUCAGGACAUCUGCCAGAUGAGUACGAGGGGGGAUGAUGAUGAUGAUGAUGAUGAUGAAGAUGAUGAUAACAGUGUAGCCAAAAAGAGAACUCCUCAUUCGCAGGUGGAAUGUUUACAGGCAGAGAAAAUGAAUGAGAAGGAGAAAGCAGGAAGGAGCAUUCAGGAUGAAGUAAGAAUAGAUGGAGUGGCUGAGUUUAAGAACACAAAAGACAGGGAUAAACAUGAGAGGGAGAGAGAGAACAGGCUGGGGGAGAAGAGUGAGAGGGAUGGACAAAGUGUGCAGUUGGAAAAACUAAACAGCAGGAGCACAGACUACUGGGAGAAACCAAACAGACAGGGUGCGGAGCUGGAGAGAGCCUUACUGAAGGGGGACUCGGAAGAAAGCAUGUUCUACGACCGCUCUGUGGAUGAACUUUCGGGCCAUGAGUCGAGUCUAACAGACGAAGGGAUCGUGACAGAGCCAGAGACAUGUCCCGGUGACCUCACGGAGAGGUUGUUCUUGGGCUCAGCAGGGGUUACUUUAGGGUCAAGGACAGCUAGAGAUGUUCUGGGGCAGCCUGUCACUGUAUGGAUGCAGUCAGCCCUGCAUGACGUGGAAGGGUUAAAGAGAGAGGGAGAGAAGCUGGCAGAGAGCACUGUGAGUUGUACAAACUAUCUGAAUGAAGUCAGUGUACCUUGCUCCUUGCCUCAUCCUGCUUGCACAGCUGAAAGAGACAGCGCUGUCACGGAGGAGAGCACUACUGCAGGUUCGCUCAGUGUUAAUGCAGCCAGCGAGGAGAUCCACACCGGCAGUACAGUGUCCCAGGGACCAGCAGCCAUCCCAGGAGGAGGAUUUGAAACCCCUGCAACCCCGAGUGCUAUCCGUCGUAGGCGCAAGUUCUCUCCUUCUGGUAACAGCAACACUGGUUCUGAUUGCGGUAGUGGAAGUAAUGCAGAGUCAGCAAUAGCAGCUGUCGGACAUGUGGAGUCCAUAGUUUACCGCUCUCUGAGUGACCCCAUGCCUCAGCGGCGCUGCCCUGUAGCAGAUGAAGGCAACAAUAAUUUUUCUUCUGUAGACAGUAACCUGUUAGGGUCCCUGUCUGUCAAAGGUGGAGGGGGAGGUGCUCCAGCGGCCUCUGCUAUGGCCACGCUAUCGGAAUACGAGGGAAGCGUAGCCAGUGACUUGUCAGUGUGCAGUGACGGCGGUCUUCGUGAUGACAUUGUUCAUGACUACAGUGGAAUGAUAAGAAAUAUUGUAGCUGAACCUGGUGCAAUGGACAGACUGAUGGCAGAUGACCACAAUGGCAAAGCUCCCAAGAAGAAAUCAUUCAGUGACCCCAGUCGCCGCAGCGAGGCCCCGUUACUGUCCCAGAAUGACCCCCAUCUCAAAGUUCAGACCGGCAGCACUCAACCAACAAGUGAGCUGGAUCAGCAUGGCCAGAUUCCUCCUUCCAGCAGCGAGCCAAUCCUGAGUGAGCAAAGAGAGGAAUUGUGGGAACCGGAGUCUAAUCCUAAAAACAAUGUCCCAGUACAGCCGCAUCAUCAUGCAGACAGCAGUACUGAAGUGAAAAUGGCUCGCUCACAGUCGGAGUCAACCCCUCACGUUUAUAAAGAUGAUGAAGAGGAGGAUGAAAUAGACCAAGGUGAGGAAGAAGAAGUGCAGAAGUUUAAUUUUGAUCUCAAGUUAGCGGGGGUCUUGUCUCCAAGAGUGAUCCGUCGACCCACUAGAAAGCGUCCGAAUAGACUGGCUUUCUUCCCUCAUGAAGACCCAUUUGAGCCUCCUGAAACAUGUCUGGAGGAUCAGGAGGACCACAGCAACCAUCCCAGGCUCACCUCUCCUGUUUCCUGUUCGCCGCUACAGUCCAAACCCCAAACCAUGCACAAGCAUGUCCGCCAUUCCAGCGAGCCCUCCACCUUCAUUCCCAUCUCGCCACCUCCCCAACUCCAACCCCUGAAGGAGGCAGACUGCCUCGCUGUCCAAGCCACGACGGAGCCUCCGGUGUUAAGUAAGCCUCCAGGAGACGAGGCCCCAUCGCUGGAAGAUGUGACACAGAAAUAUAUUCUUGAGCUGAGCACUGCAGAUAGGGAGACUGAGGCUCCAGGUCCUCUUUCUGGAGCCACGGAUGGACAUCAGGGUUCGGGGUCGGCUGCUGAGGGACCCUGCGAGACCAGUGCCGGUGGAGUUACAGAAGCUGGACCCCAAAAAAAGACCACAGAUGAGACUGCAUCCACUCCACAGAGGACCAAGCCCAGAGUGGAUAUGAGGAGACAUGUGAUGAUGACCCUCGUGGACACAGAGCAGUCGUAUGUGGAGUCCCUACGCACUCUCAUUCAGGGCUACAUGCGUCCCCUCAAACACCCGGACGGCGGCUCCAUCGUGGACCCUCUGCUGGUGGACGAGAUGUUCUUCCAGAUCCCGGAGAUCCUGGAGCACCACGAGGACUUCCUGGAGCAGGUGACCGGCUGCGUCAGCCAGUGGCACGACCGGCAAACCGUCGGACACCUCCUGAUCCAGUCGUUCUCCAAAGAGGCUCUGGCGAACAUGUACUCAGCCUACAUCGACAACUUUCUCAACGCCAAAGACGCUGUGAGGAUCGCCAAGGAGGCCAAGCCGGCUUUUCACAAGUUUCUCGAGCAAAACAUGCGUGAGAACAAGGAGAAGCAGGCUCUGGGCGAUCUGAUGAUCAAACCUGUGCAACGGAUUCCACGAUACGAGCUGCUGGUCAAGGACCUGCUGAAGCACACGCCGGAGGAUCACCCGGACCACUCGUACCUCCUGGACGCUCAGAGGGACAUCAAGCGGCUGGCGGAGAAAAUCAAUAAAGGACGCCGCUCUGCUGAGGAGGCGGAGAGGGAGGCCAGGGUCAUCCAGGAGAUCGAGUCGCACAUAGAGGGAGUCGAGCAUAUUCUGAAUCCUCAGAGGAAGUUCUUGAGACAGGAAAUCGUCAUGGAGGCGAAGUCUGUGGGAGGAAAGAAAGAUCGCUCUCUCUUCCUCUUCAGUGAUCUGAUCAUCUGCACCACUCUCAAGAGGAAGUCCGGCUCAUUAAGGCGCAGCUCCAUGAGCCUGUACUCUGCAGCCAGUGUGAUCGACACGUCCAGCAAAUACAAGUUCCUGUGGAAACUCCCUCUUGAGGACGUGGAGGUGGUGAAAAGCUCCACACAGGCGACGAACAGGGAAACCAUCCAGAAGAUGAUCAGCCGGCUGGAUGAGGAUCUCAGCACGCUGGGGCAGAUCAGCAAGCUGUCCGAGACCCUCAGCUUCCCCCACCAGUCUUUAGACGAGGUGAUAAAGGACCUGAUGGCGUCGGUGCACAGAGAGCUGUCAGAGAAACAGUCUUUGGCCUUCAGUAUGACCUUCCUGCCCACAAAGCUGGAGUUUACCACCGCCUCAGCUGAAAGCAGCUUCAUCUUCGAGUUCGCCUCGCCUGACGCUCGCUCCAGCUUUGAACAGGCCUUUGAGGACGCCAAGAAAAAGCUCGCUAUGAAUAAAGACCAGUGGGAUCCAGAGUUCUUAAAGGCCAUUCCUAUUAUGAAGACCCGCAGCGGGAUGCAGUUUUCCUGUGCGUCUCCGAGCCACAGCUGCCCUGACAGCGGCUGUGAAGUGUGGGUGUGUAACAGCGACGGAUACGUUGGACAGGUGUGUCUGCUGAACAUUAAAGACGAGCCGACAGUGGAGGCCUGCAUCGCCGUCUGCUCAGCCCGGAUCAUAUGCAUCGCUGCAGUCCCGGGACUUAAAGGAAGGGAGCGUCAGUCCGAGCCUGUGGCCGCUCCGGCCUCAGCAGCAGCCGCUCACAGCCAGCAGCAGCAGCAGCAGCAGCAGCAGCAGCAGCUCCAUAUAUCCAUCUCUCAAUCCACUCUACAGCUGGCAGAUCAGCCAACAGGGCCGGGGGCGGAGCUUGUUCCAUUCGACAGUGACGACACCGACGAUGAAGAUUCACCCAGCCCCUCCUCCACCCUGCAGAGUCAGGCCAGCCACUCCACCAUAUCAUCCAGCUACGGCAAUGAUGAAGGUCCCAGCUCUAAGGACAUGGCUACAGAGACCACCAGCAGUGAGGAGGAGCAGGAGUUCCCCGUGGCGAGCUCCUAUGGAGCUCAGGGGCUGCUGGGGGUCGGCGGGGGCAGCCGCGCCCACACAGAGAGCCCCAUGGACGGCCGCGCCAUGCGGCGGUCGUCCCGGGGCUCCUUCACCAGGGCCAGUCUGGAAGACCUGCUCAGCAUCGACCCGGAGGCCUACCAGAGCUCCGUGUGGCUGGGCACCGAGGACGGCUGCAUCCACGUGUACCAGUCAUCGGACAACAUCCGCAACCGCAAGAACAGCAUGAAGAUGCAACACGCAGCAUCCAUCCUCUGUAUCCUGUACUUGGACAACAAAGUGUUUGUGUCCCUCGCGAAUGGAGAGGUGAUUGUUUAUCAGAGGGAAGCAGGUAGUUUCUGGGAUGCUCAGUCCUCACAAACACUGGUUCUGGGUACACCCAGUAGUCCUGUUACAAAGAUGGUCCCGGUGGGAGGGAAGCUCUGGUGUGGCUCACAGAACAGAGUCCUAAUUAUCAACACCGCUACACUGGUACAGGAGCACUGUUUCCAGGUGGGCACUGACAGCAGCCGCUGCGUGACGUGCAUGGUGGCGUACGGUCAGGGUGUGUGGUUGGCCUUGCAGGGCAGCGCGCAGGUCAAGCUGUAUCACGCCCAGAGCUGGGAGAGCCUGACGGAGGUGGACGUGGCGCCGGCUGUGCACAAGAUGCUUGCAGGAGCGGAUGCCAUCAUCAGACAACAUAAGGCAGCCUGUCUGAGAAUCACAGCCUUGCUGGCCUGUAAAGACCUGCUGUGGAUCGGAACCAGUGCAGGGGUGGUCCUCACGCUGACCAUCCCAGCGGUCAGCUCGGGGACGGGGGUCGGGACGCUGAAAGCUCCUCUGCUGCCGAUGGGCUCGGCUCACGGACACACGGGACACGUUCGGUUCCUCACCUCGAUCGAGCUGCCGGAAGGCUUCGACGUCAACCUGCCUCCGUCAAACACAGACUCCACAGGCCAUCAGUCCCAGGGUGGCGGCGGCAGCAGCACCUUGGACGGGAGCCUACAGAGACGAGACUCGGCGCGCCACCGAGCCUCGGCGCACAUCCCUCCAAAAACCAACUAUCUGGUCAUUUCUGGCGGCGACGGCUACGAGGACUUCAGACUGACCAACAGCAGCGAAACGGUGGGAAGGGACGACAGCACCAACCACCUUCUGCUGUGGAGGGUCUGAGUUCAUUGAAAGCCCGACCCAGAUGGACUCCUGAGCUCCUGCUCUUUAACCCGACUUUAAUGAGCCUCUGCACUUUUCCUCUUCUUUUCUUUUUUUUUUUUUUUGUUUUUUGGAUGUUGGUGUUUUUGGUCUUCUGCUCGGUCCACCAGUCUCUUUGUGCAUACUAUGGAUGUCACCUCCCUCCUGCACUGACUAAUGAAUAUCGGAUCACUUCAACAACGGUUUUCUUGUGUUAUUGUUGCUGAUGGUGUGCAUGUCUUUACGUGCGUGUUUAGUUUUUUUUUGUGGGGGCGUCUGUGCGUGGAAAAAAAAAACAGAAUAACAGAAGGGAAAAAAAAGACUACAGUUUCACAGAUGGAUGUAUUUUCAGACAAUGUCAAGAAGAGGAUUUUCAAUCUGAAGAGACAUUUCAACAGAAUUUUAUCCCUUGAAGUCCUCCAGUUUUUUGGACACAAACACAUCUCACCAUCACUGACCUGAACUGCCAACGCAAAGCGCAUUGACGACGAUCAAAACACGCGAAUGUCUAUUAAUAGAGGAUAAUCCGAAUAACCACCACAGACUGUAUGUUUCUCAUUAGAUUGUCUCGGGUCGUGAAUCCGCAUUGAUUUCUUUCAGUUUGGGCUCAAUGCUGCAGGAGCUGUUUGGAUGAUCUCUGAGUUUCAGAGGAACAUGUUUGAUCUUUCAUUGGUCAAGUGUCCAGAAGCAGCUCUGAGAUCCGCCUGAUCCCCACAAAACCUGUCCUGUAAUGACUGGACAGGGAGGAGGAGCAUUGUUUAAGUGCAAUAUGUGAAGAAGGGUAAUAAUUGAAAAUACUUUCAUUGAGUCCAGAAAACUCACUCACUGAGUGAAAUGAUCACAUCGUAUCUGUUAUUGUUCAGUUUUUGAUGCCAGUGUAAAAUGACUGAAGCACAGAUGAAGCAGUGUCCCACGAAAAGUUCAAAAACAACAACAAAAAAAAAAACUGAGUUAUUUCUCCUGAACUAUGCCAAAGCAUUGUUUAUGUUCAAGUUUUCACACUGAGGGGUUGGAAAGAUGUGUUUCUGCCAUUAAAUAUCACUUUGAGUGGAUUCUUUAAAGCUGGCCGAGGCUGUGGUAGCAGGUACAGACAGUCAUGUACAGUAUUUAUGGUUUUGAUUUUAGCGCCUUCUUUUACAGCACUUAAUUUAUCGAAGAUGUAGCUUACACCUUUUUCUUUUUUGAACAUUAAAACAAAGGGGUUGAAGAGAGAGGUGAACGCCGGUCGGCUGAGGCGACACACACGUACACUUGUUCUUGUUUUGGACAGUUACUACAGUCUCCCCAAAAUAUAGAAGGACAAGACCAAACAGAAGUGAAUCUUUUAUUAUUGUUUAUUAUUUUAAUCACUACAGAUCCAGGUAUUAAUCCCAGAAUUCACUUCAAGUAGUUUUUCUUAAUCAGCUUUUGGGUUGACGAAGAACAAAAUUGCUCUGUUGUCUUUUUAGGUGCCAAAACUUAAGAUUUCUUUUUUUUUUUAUUUUAAAUAAUUUCCACCCUGAACUGUGUGCAUUUAGACAUUUUUACAUCACAGUGGGAUGAAUCCAGAUGCCCAAACACAGAUCACGGUAGUUUGUUGGAGAGGAAGAUGCACGCGUUGAGACAAAGGAGCGCUGAAGGACGAGCGCUAAGUAACUGCACGUGCCUUCGGGAGGCUAAAAGUUAAGCCGUUUCACCCACAGUGAAAAGUCAGCUCUCCCUGCUUCCACAGCAGAUGUCUCUGGAAGUGAAGGGCGACUCCAGCUCGCCCUUGCACAGACUCACGAGAGUUAGCGUCAGGCUUCGGGGUUAAGCGGUGAUUGUCUUUGAUCCCUCCAAGCCUGGAAAACCUGGUCGCACUUUGCCUGCCAUCUGGGCACUUCACCUCAGCUUUCCUUCUUCCAAACGCAAAGGUUGUCCCCCCCCACUGUGACCUUUAAGAGGAUUAGCUGGCUGCUGUGAUAGCUGCUAACUUAGCUAGUGAGCCUCUGGAAGUGCUGAAAUGCGCAGAACGCUGGGUAUUCUCAUUGAGCUGAAUGAAACGUAAACAUGCUUUUUGGUGGUUUUCUGCCAGGAAGUGAAGCAAAGUUUUGUAUUAAGUGACUCACAGCAAAGUUAAUUUUCAUGUUCUUUGUGCGACAAGCUGCCCGGUCGCCCAUCGAAAUGCUGUAUAUUCAUGUUAGCUGUGACGCAAAGGGGCUCCUCGAAGAGCGGCGAUCAUCUGUGAAGGAGAAGCGUGUUCAAAACUGCCACCUCAUGUCAUGUGAUUCUCAUCAUUGAAUCACCCUUUGUGUUUUCAUACUCUGGGUUCUGCAGCUAGUCGGUGUCUUGUGCUGAAAACACUUCAGCACUGAGUAGUUUUACUGCGGUUGGAGUCAGAAACUUUCAGCUUGGCCAAUCAUGAAAGAUUUUUCUUUCUUUUAUGUGUAUAUUUUUACAUUUCCUUGAUAGCUACCGAACCGUAAAAGAUUGAAUUGUGACAUUUUCAGAAGAUGCAGCUCAGAUUUUAAACCCAGUGAAGUGAAACUGAACUGAAUCAGACCGUCUAGAUUUUAUAUGAAGUAAAAUUAAUCAAAAUGCGCUAAUGUGACCAGGACUAAAAAAAAUGAAGUUAAAGAAAUUAACUCUUAAAUUUCUUCAUCACCUGAAAGUCAUCCUUUCAUCACUGUAAGUUUAUGUAACCUCCUCAUGCUCAUAUGUGAACUAAGUCUUUAUUUUUUUUGUAAAUAUUGGUACAUAUAUGGCCUUUUUUCUGUAAAUAGUGCACCCGCGGUCUUCAAUUGUUGAUAUGAAUCUAAUGGCAUAUUUUUAUAUAUUUGUGUAAGGUUUGUUUCUGUUUGUAUUUCUGCCCAUUCCCUCUGGCAUGCACUGCACUGUCAGUCACAUUUUAACUGUACCUGUCGUAAAUCUCCCGGGAAGAAGACGAGAUGGCGUCUCGUGAAGGCGACUGACUGACUGACUGACUUGGUUUUAACAUACGUGUUUUCACUGGUAGCCAUGUUAGCUCUAAAAUGUGCUUAUGUUUGCCUUGCUAUGGACAUGUGCAGGAAGGAUUUAAAAAGAAAAAAAAAAAAAACUUGGUAGUUUUGCACUACCGCCUGGUCCUAACCGUUUAUCUGUGACUGACAUCUUGCAGCUGUCAUGGCUACAGCCGAUCGGAGUCACCUCGCGUACGUAGCUGGUCUUGUUUUGUCACUGUGGAUUUCUCUUUGUAAUUAAAUCAGUUCACUGGU